CUCAAACUGUUCAUGCGGACAGUUGGAAAGAAGCUAUCGACGUGUUCGGACGUGUUUUUUUGCAUCGCUUAUCUAACUAAUCUCUACGCACACACACCACAGAAAAUCCAAGAUGCCUUUUGAUACGGAAAGGUUCAUUACGGAAAUACAAAAUAGACCAUGCAUAUGGAACUUGUCGAGUGAAGAAUACAGCAACAGAGUAUUAAAGCAGAGCGGUUGGAAUGAAAUCGCUGUUAUUCUAUACGAUGAUUGGCAAAACUUAGAAGAAAGCACUAAAGUAAAAAAAAUAAAAGACCUACAAAAAAAAUGGAAGGGGUUGCGCGACUAUUACACCAGAGAAAAAAAUAAGGAUUCCUCACUCAAAAGCGGAAGUGGGGCACCAAAAAAACGUAAGACGCCAUACUUGGAUAUGUUGCAGUUUUUGAAUGUUUCUAGAGCUAGCAACCAGACAUCUAGCAACAUUAGCGCCGAGACGUCUAGCAACAGUAGCACUAUGUAUGAUGAAAAAAAGAAAAAGAUGACUGUGUUUCAGGAGGCACUACUUAAAUCGAUGGAUAAAAAUAGAGAAUCCGACCCAGAUAUGAACUUUCUACUAAAUAUUUUACCGGAAAUGAAGACAAUGUCCCCAACCCAGAACUUUGAAUUUCGGUUUGAAGUGAUGAAACUUAUUAAAAAUAUUAAAUAUAAUGUACACAAUAAUUAUGACGGUGCUUUGAUGCAAACUGGGUGGACGAAUGCCAAUAACUACCCAGAUCAGUACGGCUACACGAGUGGAAGCAGUACGCCAAAUGUGCAAAACUAUCCUUCAACCUCAAACAACUACAACCCAGUUGGAAGUAGCAGCAUUCGAAGUCCUCGAAACAGUCCAUCACAUAGCUCUACAGGUUCUUCAGUGGAAGUAGAAGACAUAGAAGCAAUAUUGCGAGGUGGUUCAGACCACAUUGAGGAUGACGAAUGACUGGUUACCUACUCAAUGUUACCAUGCUAGUUCCUAAUCCAAUUUAAUAAGACUGUAAUUUGAAAAGUGAUUGUUAAAUUAAAAACUAGAAUAAUACUUAUAUUAUAAAUGCGAAAGUGACUGUAUGUUUGUGGGUUUGUUUGUUUGUACCUCUAUAGCGAGCCAACAACGCAGCCAAUUGUCCUAAAAUAGCAUAGAUAUGUAAAAUAGAACAUGAGUGAUUGAUAUUGUAGGCUACUUUUUAUCCCGAUAUUUUCUACAGGAUCGGGAGCAGCGGGACUUAAAAUUUUAUACGCGAGCGGAGCCGCCGGCCACCCCACUAGUAAUUAAAAUAUUAAGUUGUCAUUACAUUCGUUGCUGAUUUUUAAUAUUA